UUGGAGGCUCUUGAUUCCUCUUUAUUUUCCUCCUUCUGAGGUCUAGGUUCAGCAUUUCGUAUAUGUUGCCUUGAGGUUUACUCUUCUAAGAGUUUAGUUGACUCUGGGGUUGAGCCUCUAAUGUCUCUUUCUUUACUUGCCCUUUUCUUAAUUUUCUCUGCUUUUUUCAAAAAAACAUUAUUACUUAUAUUUUCACUAAUUUACAGCUCUGGACAGAGAUAUGUCUAAUUGUUGACAGAUAAAAAGAUCAGAAGGAAACAAUUAAAGAUUUGUAAGUUCCUUGGUCAAAUAUGAUUCCACUUGAGCAAGCAGAAUGCAUUGGAUGCCAAGGCAAUCAUUUACAUGUACAACUGGCAUCCUAUCUUUGUGGGAUUGUGUUCCCAUUUGCAUACACAAGUCUUCAACAGAAAAUGUUAACCAUGACUCUCAUUUCCAGGGCAUCAGGUUCGUGACAAUCAGCCUUCACAUGACCCUGAAAUCCAGUAGAAUUGUUGAUCAUAACAAAUAGUUUCAAUAGCUGCAAUUUAUGUGAAUUUUACAUCAUGAAUCUUCCUACCUGAAAAACAGACCGAAACUUUAGUGUCUUUUCAUCUCAGAUUUAUUGAAACAGUUAAAAAAGAGUCUAGCAUCAACUACAUAUUCAAGUCUAUUUGCAUGGAAAUAUCCUUUCUGACCAGUGUAUGCUCAUCCAACUUCUAGGACCAAAUCACUGAGAGCCUCUUCGUCUCAAUGCUAUAUACAGGAAUUUUUUUGCUCCAACAGAACGUACAUGGUCUGGAAUUCUUAAUUCAAUCCACAUGCUCUGACGCCUAGUCACGACAACAUGUUCAUGUCUAGUUCUUCAGUGUAGGAUUGUCCUUCAUAAGCUGAUCCAGAAUAACCAAUUGCUAUGUUUCCCACAUAUGGUUUGCAAUAUCUUUCCUGAUACUCUUGCUCAACAAAAUAAAGACAUCAUUUGGCCAUGGCUCAUUGUUCUUCUGGGUUAGAUCAAUAACCUUGGUUGAGAUGUCUUGCCAAUAAUUCAUUCAAUAAGUUAGAGACACAUACAAAUGACUUUUUUUUGCAACUUGUUGAGAUGUCUUGCCACUAUAGGCUCAUGGGAAAGUGAUACCAGUGUUGGGUACAUGUAAAAUUGACAUUAAUGGCAAAAUUCCUUUAGCAAGUUCUGAAAACUGGUUGUGAAUUUGUGUGUAGAAGAAGCUCAUUUCUUUUCCAUAUACAAUGGGUUAUGGGGCAAAGUACGUGACUUUCAGUGAUGAAGAGAAAGCUUUCCACAUCAUGCAACAUCGUAAAAGCAACGUGACAAAGAAGUAAAACAUCUAAAAAAAUUUCCCCUUCCUUCACACACUCAUUCAAGAAAGGAAUUCAAAGAAAGUACUUUUACAAGAGAUUACGGCAAGAUAUUCUUAUGCCAUUCUUUUGAAAUUGCCGUACAUGGAUUAGUUUACAUUACAUAUACCUUACGCAUUUGCCAUCAUUAGGAGAGCAUCCGAUUAAUUUCAACCUUUCUUCUCUGCAGCCAAGAGAAAAAAAUGCAAGGAAUUUUCAGAGCAGUACGAUCUUGCCAGGAAACACUCAAGGCUGCAAUUUUGCAACAUUCACAUGGGAGAGGGAAAAUAUUCACUUUUGGAGGCACUACCUCAUCUUCACCCGAACAGCUAAAAGGCUUGGAGAAUGUAACAGUGGCAGAGGUGCUAAUGACUAAGGGAGAAGAAAAAACUGGUUCCUGGCUGUGGUGCCGGACCGAUGAUGCUGUCAUCGACGCAGUCAAAAAUAUGGCUAAAAAUAAUAUUGGGUCGUUAGUGGUACUAAAGCCAGGAGAGGAACAUCUUGCAGGAAUAAUCACUGAAAGAGACUAUACGAGGAAGAUAGUCGCGCAGGGAAGAUCACCCAUAUAUACAACAGUUGGGGAAAUUAUGACCGAUAAGCAGGACAAUUUAAUAACAGUGACAUCUGAUACCAAUAUUCUCCAAGCAAUGCAGCUAAUGACAGAAAAUCGGAUACGGCAUAUUCCAGUCAUUGAUGGGAAGAUAGUUGGCAUGAUCUCUAUUGUAGAUGUUGUAAGAGCAGUAGUGAAUGAGCAAAGUGGAGAACUGAAGCAAAUGAAUGAGUUCAUUAAAGGAGACUACUAUUAGAAUGAAAACAAUUUUACAUUUGAGAGCAUGCUGCUGGUAAUGAAUAAUUAUGAUUUGACGCGGAAAUAUUUUAAAUUGUAUAGCAGACAUGUAAUAAAAAAGAAAAGAGAAAUAUAUUCAAGAUUCAUAUCA